CCGCCAACACGCCCUCCGCGUCCAUGUCCAGCGUACCGACCAUGCCGAUACCUAUACCGACCAAUCCGAAUGUGAUUCCGGGGAACACACUUCCAUCUGCGCCCGCGAGCCCUCCGACUCCGGCACCUUCUCCCACGCCUAUGCACCGAGCUCCCGAUUGGAGCACCGCGGAUCCUCGAGAGGAUAUUGGAUAUGGAUUCGGAUACAGACAUAUGCGUGGCGCUUUUGCCGAAAUGGAUAAUGAGGAGCGGCAACGCAUGUUGGCGGAACUGCUAAACAUGUGUGAUGGAAAACUGCUUGGCUUUGUCGCAAACUUCGUCGGACCGAGACUCAAGAGAGAUCCAUUCUCUGUGCUGCCGAACGAGCUGUGUCUGCGAAUAUUGACAUUCGUCGAUGACCCACGAACGCUAGCACGCGGCUCACAGGUCAGCAGGAGAUGGCGCGAGCUGGUGAGCGAUGAUAUGGCGUGGAAGAGCAUGUGUGAAAAGCAUGCUUACAGGAGGAUGUCCGAGGAGCCUCACUCACAAGCUGGACGCUCAAUGCCAAAUGCUGGGAAUUCGCUCGCACCGGAUCUCACUCGCCGCAUGAGUCUCAACACGACACCACUGGUACUGCCACCCACGUUGUCAACUCGAUCGUCAUCAUCAUCAAGACGUCGGCCGAAAGCGAUCAGUUACCGAAGCCACUUCAAGCAACGAUAUCAGGUCGAGACCGCCUGGCGGGUCGGAGGUCAUGUAGAUACACGACAGAUUACUCCUGAUCAGGGUGUGGUCACGUCAUUACAUCUCACGCCAAAUUACAUUAUUGUCGCGCUGGACAAUGCCAAGAUCCACGUCUUCGACACAGAAGGAAGACACUUGCGCUGUUUGCAGGGUCACGUUAUGGGCGUGUGGGCUAUGGUACCUCAUGGCGACACGCUGGUAUCAGGAGGAUGUGAUAGAGAUGUGAGAGUAUGGGAUCUCACGACUGGUAUGGCUCAGCAUAUGCUUCGUGGACACACCAGCACUGUGCGAUGCUUGAAGAUGAGCGGACCCAAUAUCGCCAUCUCCGGAUCCAGAGAUACCACCUUACGCGUGUGGGACAUUCGCAAGGGCGUUUGCAAGCAUGUCCUGGUCGGUCAUCAAGCUUCUGUCCGGUGUCUGGAGAUACAUGGAGAUCUUGUCGUUUCUGGCUCCUACGACACCACAGCUCGAAUCUGGUCGAUCAGCGAAGGGCGCUGUCUCCGCACACUGCAGGGACAUUUUAGUCAGAUCUAUGCCGUUGCGUUUGAUGGUCGUCGCGUCGCCACGGGCUCGCUCGACACCAGUGUGCGAGUUUGGGAUCCACGAGAUGGUCGUUGCUUGGCACAACUGCAAGGUCAUACUUCGCUUGUCGGCCAACUCCAACUUCGCGGCGACACUCUGGUCACGGGCGGUAGCGACGGAAGUGUUCGAGUUUGGAGCUUGCAGACGUACUCUGCUAUACAUCGUCUAGCGGCGCAUGAUAACAGUGUGACCAGCUUGCAAUUCGACGAUAGUAGAAUCGUCUCAGGCGGAUCCGAUGGUCGCGUCAAGGUCUGGGAUUUACACCACGGGAACCAAGUCCGUGAGCUUGGAAGUCCGGCUGAAGCAGUGUGGAGGGUGGUGUUUGAAGACGAGAAAGCGGUGGUACUUGCCAGUCGAGCGGGCAAGACCGUUAUGGAGGUCUGGUCUUUCGCACCUCCACCGGAGUCAGAGGAAUCAUCUUCUGCCUUUUCUGCUCCUUCCGUCGUUCGUUCCAAGAAAAGUACCUCAAGUACUGUCAUCGCGCCUUACCAACAUCCGGUCCAUGGCGAGCGACCGACCUAUCCGCAGAGCCACGAUGACCGCCUUGCGGCCCAGGCUAUCGAAGAGGAGAGCCGGAAAGCCACGCGUCUCCAGACGCGAAGUACGUUGCACCAGCAACAGGACGAAUUAAUGACGGAUGUCUACGAUACCGAGCUUAGGGUUGAAGAUGUGCAGGAGGAGGAUGAAACCUCAAUGGCAUCUGAGUUGGAUAUGGAGCCGGAGAGUUCGGUAUCUGCUCUUGCCAGGACAUUAUGA